AUGCCAGACGAGGCUUCAAGCUUGAUCUGUGCUAAAGGCCGACUCACCGCAGCCAUCGAACUCACGGCUUACAAGUUUGUUGUCUCUAACAAUACGUCUGGCUACACAUUCUUGAGAAGAACAGCGCCCCCACAAGGCAGAAUUUCUGUACAAAAAAUACUGUCUCUCGGAGUUAUAGAGCUAUGUUACUUCGUCUGGGUCGACGUUAUGUCUUCGACGCUUCUUGGAACAACCCCACUUCUGCACUAUGAUACUACCAUUGAUGCAUCGGAGAAACUAUGCUCAAAAAAUCUUAUGGAAUAUUUCAACGGAUGCCCACAAGAAUUUAUUUCUUGGUUUGCAAGCAUUAGUGCAAUGCGGUUGACCACCAAACAGUACAAUAGCCAUUCGCCCCAAAUAGACUGCCGACCCAUAGAAUCAGCAAUUCAAGAAUGGGGGCCGGUCAUUGACCAAACCGACCUCUCGAGAGAUGCCAUUACACGACUAGCGGUCAUAGAGGGCUGGAGACACGCGCAUCUAAUUUAUCUGAAUAUGGGCGUGGGCGGGGUUACCUCGAUGGACCCCAAAGUGCAGUCCUCGGUCAAGCAGAUCAUUCAACUUUCUCAUGUUGUGAAAGGUCCAAAGCUAUAUGAACGCCAUAUGUUUGCCCCUGCCAUCCUUCAUCCCUCCAUGGGUAAAGUCUGCGAUAGAGCCGAACCUAUAUGUAACCUUUGCAUACGCGAUGGUUUGUUUUGCUCUGGUCCAGAUCCUCCUAUUCGAGCACCUUCACCCGUAUUUCCGUCUUGGGAGCCUCCAGACCUUCUCCGCCCAUUUGACAGGUCACUGAAUAGUGCUCCUAGAGUUCUCCGGGGGGCUGUUUCAGCUAUUGUAUCGACCCCGAGCUGGGGUGCUUCAAAUAACAGUCCACGCUACUCCAGCCGCAAAAGUUCCCUAUCAACAUUGUCUUUAACUAAGUCCAGAACACUGGCACUUGACCGUCAAAUAGAGAGUAAUACUUUACCGUUUAUUCUUAGCCAGUACGUUCGGUUUGUUGACAAGAUUGCGUUCAAAAUGCCCCCGCCUGAACUCCGGGAGGGAAUUAUUCUCCGCCUUCGGAGUUCGGUAAUCACAUUCUCGGUCAUGUCCUUGGGGCUAGGAUAA